AUGGCGACUUCUCACUCGGUCGCCGUCACUUUUGCGAUCCUGAUCCUCUCGCUCUGCACCUCGCGAGCUGCUUCCGCCGUCGGCUUCGACCAGUCGGCGAUCUCCCCGUCGGUUUCCGCUACCGCAGCAGCGGCCUCGUCUGCGAACACUCUGUUCCAGCCGUUUCCGCCGAUCCAGUCUCCGUUCCCGUCGGCCGCUCAGUCGACGCCGAUUCCACAGCCUCAGCAGCAGCAGUCGGCCGUCUCUGGUCGCGAUUCCGCAGCCGAUCACUCCUUCAUCCACACCGCUCUCCUGGCUCCGAUCCUCGCUCACCUCGGCUACAACGAGCUAGCCAUGGCGGUUCCGACUCUCUCCUCCGAGUCCACCGCCACCGCGUGGUCCGGGCCUUCGACUCUGUUCGCUCCUUCCGACGCCUCUCUCCACUCCUGCUACUCCUGCUCCGUUCCCAGCCUCCUCCGCGAGCACAUCGUCCCCGGCCUCUUCACCAUGGACUACCUCCGCAAGCUCGCCUUCGGCACUAAGGUCGAGACUCUCACACCCGGCAAAUGCAUCACCGUCACCUCGAGCUCCGCCAAGAAUUUCACCGCCGGCCCCCCCUCCGCCGCCAAGAUCUUCAUCGGCGGCGUCGAGAUCACUCGUCCCGAUCUGUUCAACAACGGAUUCCUCGUGAUUCACGGAAUCCAAGGCUACAUCGCGCCUCUCUCCCCGUUCUCCUGUGACGUCGAGCGUCUCAAUUCGCUCACGUUCCCGUUCCAGCAGCCAGAUCGCGUCCCCGUUCCCGGAGGACCGAACCAGAUCUCUCCGCCGCUCGUCCAGCCCGCGGUCAUGCGAUUGAUGAUGCGAGACGCGAUUCUCCGCCUCCGCAACAACGGAUUCAGCAUCCUUGCUCUGGCGAUGCGAGUGAAAUACCCCGAGCUGAUUGCGCUGAGCAACAUGACGAUCUUCGCGCUCGACGAUUUCUCCAUCUUCUCCGGAUCGUACUCCUACAUCAGCAGCGUGAGGUUUCACAUCGUUCCGAACCAGCUGUUGACCAUCGCUGACCUGGAGCGGCUCCCCGUCGGAUGCACUCUGCCGACUCUGGAGAGCGGCCAGUCUCUGGUGGUUACCACAGCGGGUGGUGUUACGACUCAGCAGGCAGCGCCGAUGAGGAUUAACUACGUCAGGAUCAAACUGCCGGACGUGAUGCGGAACUUGAAGAUUGCUGUGCACGGGAUCUACCUUCCGUUCCCGAGGAUCUACCAGUCUACUACUCCAGCUGCCGGCGCUACUCAGAGUUUCGACCAUGGAGUGUGGGGAUCAGGCACGGUGGAGAACACUCAGGCUGACUCUGCUUCUGCAUCCUCCGACUGUGCUGCUAAGUCAGAGAAGGACGGAAGCUGCGCUAUGGUGCCUGUCCCCCCGGUGAAGGCGACGCUCGAGGUGGAAGACAAUCACUAUGGCCUGUGA